CUCCAUACAGCACAUUAAUCUAGUCGCAGGGAUCUGGACUUUGGAAAUACGCAGUACUGUUGACUCGAGUGGCGCGGCUGCAUUUCGGCGUUUUCAUCCAUUUUUGUGGACUUACUUUCGCUUUGCUCGCAAACCGUAAGGAAACAUCAUGCUUCUUCUCUUACUGGGAAUCGUCGUUGUGCAUGUGGCAGCACUGGUUCUGCUCCUCGUGUCAACUAUAGUCAGUGCAUGGGCUGUUAACCCCAACAGCAGUUCAGACCUCUGGACAAACUGCACCACAUUUAAUGGAUUUUCCAGAUGUGACCCUGCUGACACUGGAGUUUGGAUCCAGGCAGUCCAAGCCCUCAUGAUCCUGUCAAUCAUCUUCAGCUUUCUGUCUCUCUUCCUGUUCUUCUGCCAGCUCUUUACUCUUCAGAAGGGUGGACGUUUUUUCCUCACUGGAGCAUUCCAGAUCUUUGCUAGUCUUUUCAUUAUGUGUGGAGCUAUCAUUUAUACGGUAAUGAACUCUGAAUGGGUCCCUGAGACAGAGUCCUACGGCUUUUCCUACAUCCUGGCCUGGGUAGCCUUCCCUCUGGUGCUCAUAAGCGGCUUAAUCUACGUCAUCUUGAGAAAACGAGAGUGAGGUGGCACCACCCUCUUGUGGGCGCCACCUGGAAAUACAGCUUUGAAGCCAAAGUAUCGCACUGCAUCCACAGAGAAGUGAAAUCACGCAGUAUCUUCACCCAGCGGGGUCAGUCAAAAUCAACACCACUGCCACCCCGAAAAGACAUAUUCAAUACUGUCAUCAUUUGAAGAUGUGUAUAUAGUAUCUUUGGUUUAAAACCUAUUUAUAACACUUUUUACAUGUAUGUACAUAGUAUUUUAUGUUUGCUCUGUUGACAAAGAACAAAGAAGUGCCUAGAGUGUGUGUUUGUCGAAGAAACGUGCAUCAUUAGCCAUAAUGUGUGUCUGUGGCAAGUUUUCUUUCCUUAUAAGGCCAAAAAUACUGCUAAAAAGGUUUUGAUGUAUUUUAACUAAAGUGCAUGUAUUACAUUAUAGGGACAAUGAAAGGAAGUGUUUUCAAUGAAGCUGCAUUGAGAAUUCAUAGAUGAAGUAACUUAAACACCAUAGUUAGAUCGGCAGUUUUGAACGUUGUUUUUUUUUUCUUAAUUUCCAACAAAAAUGGUGCUAUGUAUUUACCAUUCCUUUAACUAAUAGCCAUUUAGAUUUUAUUUAGAAGGACAUAACAUGACUGAAAUCCAAAA